AUGCAAGAUAUGCUUGCGAUAGGAGGUGGAGGUGGCGGUGUAGGAGGCGGUGGAAGGUUUUUUGGAGGUGCUGGGGACAGGAGGCCGAGGCAGCAACACCACCCGAACCAAGUUUUGAAGUGUCCACGGUGUGAUUCGUCGAACACCAAGUUCUGUUACUACAAUAAUUACAACCUUUCUCAACCGCGCCACUUCUGCAAGAGCUGCCGCAGGUACUGGACUAAAGGCGGCGUCCUCCGCAACGUCCCAGUUGGUGGUGGCUGCCGGAAAGCAAAGCGGUCGAAGUCUAAAAUUAAUUCUAAUUCAGCCGCCGAUGGUCCCAGUGAAAGGAAAUCGAAUUCUCAUUCGAGUAGUGAGAGUUCCAGCCUCACCGCCGCCACGACAGAGGCCACUCCUACUUCUGCAGUCACCGGCAUCGGUGCCUUCGGCGCUAGCGCUGAAGUGGGUUCGUCGCCGCCGAGUGGGUUAUCGAACUCCGCUACGAAUACAGUGUACAAUUUUACUGAUACGAGGUACUUUAACGUGAAUCCUCAAGAUACAAACACAAACCCUAGGUUUCACCAUCAUCCCUCGGUGAACCAAUCAACGGCCGGCCAGAUCUUCCCGGAGAUGGAGAAUUUCACAAGUCUAACGACAUCUUCAGAAGACCCGUCUAAUAUCCUAGGGUUCAACGUGACCGACAUUCCGCCGUCGUACGGCCAGCUCCAACAGACCCCCCAGAUCAAUCCCGGCUCGGAAAUGUUGGCGCCGGCCUCAGUUGAUGUGUUCAAGACUCAGGAAAUGACGGGUGGGUAUUUGGGUCAUCAGAUUGAAUUCACAGGAUUAGAGCAGAACAGGAUGAGCAGCGGCAGCGGUAGCCAUGCGGCAGCGCUGGGUGGCGGAGAUCAAGGGCUCUUUGAUCUUACGGCUUCUAUCGAUCAAGCGUACUGGAGUGAAGCUCAGUGGGCUAAUAAUUAUGAUGAUCAAUCUCUUAAUUAUCUUCCUUAA